GUUGGACACUAUUAUAAUUAUAAUGCAUGCGAGCGAAUCAGCUGACUUUGAACAUGGAUGGGAACAUUAUACUGGUGCAAAGACCACCACUGACAAGAAAUGCUGUCAGGCUUCACAAACCACAUUAUUUUGUUCAAUUAUUGUAUAUACAGUUGGACCAUUGAAUCCUUAUUUGACUAAAGUGGGACAGUAUAAAACAGCAUGAGUUAGGCCACCUCAGAUAUCAAACAACCUUCAAGCCUGGACUACUGUGAUUUCAAGAAACAACAUCUCCUCAAAAACUGUUCAAGAAUGGCCGCGAUUGUCCUGUACGAGCACGCUGGGUAUGCUGGCAAGAGCCUUCCCCUGACCUCUGCAACCCCCGACCUCACUCUUCGCAGCUUCAACGACAAAGUUUCUUCCAUUGAGGUCAAGAGUGGUAUGUGGACUGUCUUCCAGCAUGUCAAUUACGAAGGGAAAAGCCUCACCCUAAGAAUGGGAAAGUACGACAUCGAGUACAUUACCAAGAACCUGGGAAACGAUGUCAUCUCUUCAGCUAGACCUGCUGAAAUAAUCCUGUAUCAGAAUGCCCGGUUCCAAGGUAAAACCCUCAAGUUGAGCGUUGAUACUCAGAGCUUGGUUCCAGAGGGUUUUAACGACAUGGUCUCCUCUAUUGAGGUUACUUGGGGCGAUUGGACGGUGUACCAACACGUUGACUACAAAGGAAAGAGUCUUGAUCUGAAGGUCGGAAGGUAUGACAUGGACUUCAUCACCAAGAAUAUGGGGAACGAUGUCAUCUCCUCUGUGAGACUGACACCAAGUGCUUGAAGAGAACACUAAUUACUGAAAGAACAAUGUGUAGUUACAUGUAUA